GGAAUUACUCCGUGAAAAACGAACGAACGGAUAUUUUAAUUCAUUCGCAGCUCUAUAAAAUUAGCAAACGUAUUUUAGACAAAGAUGUAUGUUUUCAGGUCGAUUUAAAAUGCAAUGGCAAUUUUACGCUGAAAUAUACACGUUACACUUUCUGGAAAAUUUACUUUUCACUUCCGGGCCGGAAUUUGGUUCUCUGUUGCUGUCGUCUUCUUUCUGCCUACCCCCGUCAGUUCGUGAAUAAUAUCUGCAUAAAGUUUGUUUUUAUCUCCGGCGACGCUGCAGCCUUUGGCCGCCGAAAAGCCGCAAUGGUGUUUAAAAUGACUGUCAACAGUGCCUGGAGGGCAACGAGGACGCUGUGGCUGCUCGUGCUAGUGAGCCUGUCUGUGUGCAUCAGUGUUUGCCGAGCAUCAUCACCUCAGGAGGAGGACAGUGCCAUGGAGAACAUCGUUACGGAGAAAAAGGCUGAGGAGAGCCACAGGCAGGACAGUGCAGACCUGCUGAUCUUCAUCAUGCUCCUCACCCUCACCAUCCUAACCAUCUGGUUGUUCAAACACAGGCGGUUCAGGUUUCUGCACGAAACCGGGCUGGCGAUGAUUUAUGGUCUAAUUGUCGGUGUGAUCUUGCGUUACGGCGUUCACGUUCCUCGGGAUGUUAACAAUGCCAAUCUGACCUGCCACGUCAACGCCAGCCCCGCCACUCUGCUGGUCAAUGUCGGCGGCAAAUUCUACGAGUACACUUUGAAAGGAGAGAUCAGUGCCAACGGAGUGAACAACGUGCAGGAUAAUGAGAUGCUGCGCAAGGUGACCUUUGACCCUGAAGUGUUCUUCAAUAUUCUUCUACCGCCUAUCAUCUUUCAUGCAGGCUACAGCUUGAAAAGGAGACAUUUUUUCCGCAACAUGGGAUCCAUCCUGGCUUACGCCUUUCUGGGCACAGUAAUAUCUUGUUUUGUUAUUGGGUUGCUGAUGUACGGCUGUGUGACGCUAAUGAAGCACAUGGGGCAGCUGGCUGGAGACUUCUUCUUCACUGACUGUCUCUUCUUUGGAGCCAUUGUCUCUGCCACGGACCCUGUGACAGUCCUGGCCAUCUUCAAUGAGCUGCAGGUGGACGUGGACCUGUACGCGUUACUGUUUGGAGAGAGCGUCCUCAACGACGCCGUGGCCGUUGUUCUCUCCUCGUCAAUAGUAGCGUACCAGCCGGAAGGAGACAACACCCACACCUUUGAAGUCAUGGCCAUGUUCAAGUCGUUUGGGAUUUUCCUGGGAGUUUUCAGCGGCUCUUUUGCUCUGGGAGUGGCCACCGGCGUCGUCACCGCACUCGUGACUAAGUUCACCAAACUGAGGGAUUUCCAGCUGCUGGAGACCGCUCUGUUCUUCCUCAUGUCGUGGAGCACGUUCCUGCUGGCCGAGGCUUGUGGUUUCACAGGUGUGGUGGCCGUGCUCUUCUGUGGAAUCACUCAGGCCCACUACACCUUCAACAACCUGUCUCCCGAGUCUCAGGACAGAACCAAGCAGCUGUUUGAACUGUUAAAUUUCCUGGCAGAGAACUUCAUUUUCUCCUACAUGGGACUGACUCUGUUCACCUUCCAGAACCACGUCUUCAAUCCCAUGUUCAUCGUUGGAGCUUUUAUUGCUGUGUUUCUGGGAAGAGCUGCAAACAUCUACCCGCUCUCAUUCCUCCUGAAUCUGGGACGACGUAACAAGAUCAGAUCCAACUUCCAGCACAUGAUGAUGUUUGCAGGGCUGCGAGGCGCGAUGACCUUUGCCCUGUCCAUCAGGGACACUGCCACAUAUGCCCGUCAGAUGAUGUUUUCCACCACUCUGCUCGUGGUCUUCUUCACUGUUUGGAUUUGUGGGGGAGGCACCACUCAGAUGCUGUCCUGCCAGCGCAUACGAGUGGGAGUGGACUCUGAUCAAGAUAACUCUAUGAGUAUCGCUGAAGGUUCAGAGAGAAGAAGCACCAAACAAGAAAGUGCCUGGCUUUUCAGGAUUUGGUACAACUUCGACCACAACUACCUGAAGCCCAUCCUGACUCACAGCGGUCCCCCUCUCACGGCCACGCUGCCUCCCUGCUGCGGCCCCCUCGCCCGCUUCCUCACCAGCCCUCAAGCCUAUGAGAACGAGUGCCAGCUGAAGGAUGAUGACUCUGACCUCAUCCUGACAGACGGCGAUAUCAACCUGAGUUACGGCGACAUUACUGUCAGUACAGAUGCCACAGGUGCCCACACGACCAGCGGCUCAGCCUUCGCUGGUGCCGCCACCUCUGAUGACUUGGACAGAGAAUUGGCGUACGGAGACCACGAGCUGGUGAUGAGGGGCACGCGCCUGGUGCUGCCGAUGGACGACUCAGAGCCGCCCUUCACAGACCCCCACCACCGCUUUCGGAUGUGAAAAAUAGCCUCUCACUGCUGAUCCAGACGACCGUCCGUCAAACUGACCCGAGCCGCUGAGCAAAAGACCAGUACCUGACACUCCUCCUUUCUCUCUUCCACUCUCUUUCUUUGGAUCUUGCACUUUUUCCUCUUUUUCCCACCUCAUGUUGCAUUUUCUCACCUCCUCUAUAGGCAAUUCACUGUCUCUACCUCAUCGUCUCUUUUCUGCUCAUUUCCAAACCUCUCAGGCAUCUGCCAUUAUUGUAUUAUAGUCCUAUUUAUUUGCAGGGUGUUUUUUUUUUUGUUUGUUUGUUUUUUUUUUUGGUCAGUUUUGCUUAGUUGGGCUUAAAUUUGUGUUUGGACCACCUUACUGUAGCAUUGCACAGAGGUCUAGCAGCAUGUGUUAGUGUGUAAAUGCAAGUACCGACCACCACCUAGCUAAUUUGUCGAUGUACAGUAUAUACCAAGAGUACUAUAACUUUGAUAUGCAUGCUGAGGAUGCUUGUCGUUUUCUUUGUAUGGGAGGUCGAGGGCUUUUGUGUUUUGGGUCUGACCUUGAAUGUUGCUGCCUUCUCUCUGUGCAUCAAGCUGACCCAGUGGACAACUUUACUGUACAUUCGGUUACAAUCAAGUGCCUGGGAAUUGCAGUUUUAAGCAUGGCAACCCAAUACUGGAUCAGCUCUGUGAAGCAGAGCCAAUUCUGAUUGAGCAGUCAUUCAGACUUUUUCCUUUGUAAAAAAGAGAAAAAAAAAAAAUCAAUUAAAAACAAAACCGACCCCUCUGUCCAUAAGGUAGCAAUAUCCUCAGUGGGCGUCCGGGCUGUCAGUUUGUGCUAUUUGCUUGUAAAUAGUGUUUUAACAAUGUGAUGCAGUGUAACCUGGCAGUGAAAGGCGUGGAUCUCUCCCAAUGACCUUUGACUGUGACACAGAGAGAGACUUUACACCUUAUUUUAGACGCUGAUGUCGCUCACAGCAGAACGAAAGGGCUGUUGUUCUGAAAACGAGAUCCAAACGAACUGAAAAAGCUUAGUGCCAUUCCUGUCCUGCAUUUUCACCUUUUCUGAAAACUGAAUGCAGACGACCUUAAAGUGUUUUGUAUUUUUUUUUGCGGCGCAGCUUAGAACUUAAAGCUGAAUCGCGUUUUUCAUAUCCAUUUAAAACGUACGCAUUUUCUAUUACAAGCGUUACAACAUUGAAGACCAAGAUUCCUAUUGUCUUGUUAAAGUAACUUUGAAUUUGACACUAGAACAACUAACUACCAUGUUAUUAGAAAGCACACAGGUAUUGUGAGGGUGAUUUUAUGAGGAAAGUGAGAGCGUCUCUCUGGACUGAUCGCCUGGUUUUCGGAGGGCUACAAUCAGUGAUUAUUUUCAUUAUUCAUUAAUCAGUUUUGUAAAUUAGUUGAUUAAUCAUUUAAUCUGUGAAAUGUCAGACGGGGGCAAACUGUUUCCAUCUGAAGAGUCUAAGACAUGUUGAAUGCUUUGUUUUGUCUGAUCAGUCGCUGAAAAUGGAAAGACGUUCACUUACAAUUUGACACUUUUCUCAAAAACACAAUGAAGUAUAAUUUAUACAGUGAGUAUUAUUAUAUCAUUUGCACAAGACAGAUCCACCCGAUGUUGUCUUAAUCAGUCCAUCCCUGAUUUACCUGUUAUGAGCAGAUGCUUACGUUGGUACUGUGGCGGUUUUACUGCCUGAGUAGAACAACAAUAGAUGUUUAAAUGCUGGAUGCUGGAUGUUUCUAUAGUUCUUGUGGUUCAAUAGCUUGAAGUUCAAACUGGAGUUUAACAACGUGAAGUCCUACAAAGACAGGCUAUUAAAAGGGUCCUUGUCCCUGGGUGCGUUACAUUUAACUUAUUUCAGUAUAUUGGUCUACACUGUAGUGGCUAUUUUAGUGGGUGUACAAGAAGAACGGAAGAUUUUUGUGAGCUCCUUUGGGUGCAGAGUGCAACAGCUGUCGGGUGCGGGUUUAACAGGAAGCGUUGAUAUGAUGUCGCCGUGGCAACACUGUGUUUAUGUGGACCGAAGCCAGAAAACAUUUGGUGACUUAGCUGAACGCAACCGUUUUGUGUUUUGGAUUCAUGGCGAGCCAAAGAAAAAAAUAAGAAAGUGGUCACACGUUAAAACGUACGCCAGAGGAUGACGAUGGGUUUAAAGAAAGAGAGCGAGAUGGAGAUGAAUGGAAAUGGACAAGGGAGGACAGGCCUGUGUUUGAAUGAGUGUUUGUGUGGUGAGGAUGAUACAGACGUGGAAGGAAGAGAAGGCUUUCCACAGUUAUCUUCUGCUGUGCAGGAACUUCUAAAUUUAAUGUGUUUUUUUGUUUUGUUUUUUUUUAAUCAGGCAUUCCUCUUGAGACCAUAUUAUUUGCAGUAUGAUUUAUGGCGUUAACAAUUUUAUAUCUUGUGUUAUGAAGCUUUUUUUUUUUUCCAGAAAAUCCAAGAAUUUGCACUCACUUAUUGAGGAUGUUUUAUUGUUUUGCUAUGUUUUAUCCAACAGCUGCUUUUAUAUUAUUUACCUUGUGUUUCGGAAGGUUGUGGGACAUUUAGCGAAUUUGUGCCGGCUCAAAUGAAAGGUGAAUUAAUGUUUAGUAGAAGUUCAGUUGGUUUGUUGUGUUACUUUGUUAAAAAAAAAAAACAAAAAAAACAAAUGUGUCCACGCUGCAGUGGCAGUCGGGAUGGUUCAAAAUCCUUUCAUAGCGUUGUUACAUCUUAUCUAACUUGACCAUUCAGGUACUUUGCGUGCGUGCGCGUUGGCAGCAAGUCGCUGUUUGAAUGCUGUUGCCAUGACGUCUACAGAGCAUGAAUCAUCUGUCCUCUGCUGGCUCUUUGGAGAAAAAAUAAAUAAAUAAGUAAAAUAUAUAUAUAUACAAGCAGAAUUGUGUGCCACUGUUCUUAAACUGACACAUUAAACAAUGUGAAAUCUGCAAAAGGAAAACUAGGUUUCGGUGUUUGCCUACUGCUCUGCCAGUAUGUGUUCCGUCUCUGUUCACUGAAUAGUGAUUUGUGAUAAGCUUUGAUCAUUGGAAAUCUUGUCUGAAGUAGCUGACCAAAGAGGCCUGCUGUGCUCUGUGUUUUCAGACAGCCCACUCUAUCUUUAUACUCCAAAUUCUCUGUGCGUGAAUGUGUGUGUGUGUGUGUGUGUUUUAGUGCCUGCAAGUGUAUGUGCGGAUGUAUGUGUUCGAGUGUGAUAGAGGAACAUUACGUUCUCUCUUUUCCUCUGUGUUGCAGGUACUGACUGUUUACAUCUGUGUAAAUAUACUCUCACCUGUUCAUGUGUGUGCAACGGUCAAUAAACAGAAGCCUGUGCUUUUGAUUCAAAUGG